CAAACUUGACGCGUACUAAGUUUACCAACUCCCACCGCGGGAUGCCUCCCGAACUGUCAGAAAUAUCCCCUUUGACAUCGCUCAUAACCAGUAAGUGAUUAUUGUCUUUGAUUACAAUGAUAUAUUGCUCCAGUCAGGAAGCGCAAGAAAGCUCCAGGAGCAUCUUCCAGUGGCAACAAGUUGUUCCAUGAGCCCAUCUACAUUUCAGACUCUGACUCGGAUUCCAACUGCAUCGGUACUUCUAAUAUAUUGUCUUCAAAGCCGAAAAUUCGAACUUCCUCUCAUACGAAUUCAAAACCGUGGAGAAUCCUCACCUCGGAACAAAUUGAUUCGCCAUCCAAUUACCAAACGUCUUCUCAGAUUGUUGGCCGCCCCAAAGAUUUGGUUGCUUUCAAUCAUCGCGAGAUGGCAAGAAUUAACACUAUGAUCGCUGAAUGUUACGAAAGCAAACUUGACGUCCAGAAUGCCGAUGCAAACUGCUUGGGCCAGAUGAUGUGAGCUGAGCCCAAGCCAAGCCCUCUUCCAUUCCUGAGUUGACGUAUGAAAACCAUUCCACACCAAGGGCCUUUGUAACUGCUCAAGCUGAUACUCGCAAGAAGCAGUUGCAGCUGAACAAAAUUCCUAUCAUGGUUGUAACGUCAGACAGGCGACCGCCGGUUCUAGACAAGAUUGCCAACAAUUUUCGCCUGGGCGGUUGGACGGCUUAUAACCAGUUCCCGGUUCCCGAAAGCUUACGGCUCUGCGUCUCCCGAAGGACAAUUACGAUUGCUCGAGACAUCGUCAAGUUUAUCCAUAGUGCGCAUCAUGGAGAACAUGGCUUGGUUUUUUGUCAGCGUAGAAAAAUUGGGGACAUGAUUUUGACGCAGUUGGGAAACAGCGCCAGAUACGUUCACACCGAUUCGAAUCGUGAGGAUACGGAGAAAGCCCUUCUGGAAUGGCACUCGGGGAAGAUCAAGGUUCUUAUUUUGACGAAUGAAUUGGGACUUUCAACUAUCUAUAAGGCAGAGACUCGCUUUUUGAUUCAUGGUGAACCGCCGGAGGAUCUGGAAACAUAUUAUCAUCACGCAUGUCUGGCAGGGGGCGAUGGGAAACCGGCUGACGCGAUCCUUUACUACAGUUGCUCCGAUUUGAAAGAUCAUUCCUCUGGAAGGAUCGCUACCGCUAGACACCGUCAACACGUUCUACAGUCAUACUGCAGGAACAAGUCACACUGUCGCCGCGUUGGGUUACUUCAAGCUGUGGGCAAACUUGAAGCAUACACGAAGAAAUGCAAUCUUUGUGAUGCAUGCGACCAAGGAUACAAAUUCGUUGAACGCGAUUUAACGAAAGAAGCACGCAAGGCCGCCGAGUUGAUUCGGGAGCUAGAUUCAAAGGACAAGACCCUGCGGUAUUGCCAGGAAGUAUUUGCUGGAAAAUGCACAGCACAAGUGCGCAAAAACGGAGUCCACGAGUCGGUUCACUUCGGUGCAGGGUCGCAUUUGCCGUUUGAUUGCAUCGAGCAGCUUUUUGAAGAAUUGUACUUGAUGGAUAUUUGGAAGCAUUUCCAGGACGUCGAUGACUGGGAUAACUUGAUAGUCAAGCCCGGUAGUGCUGUUUUGCGAACCCAAGACAAAUCUUUCCGGCUUACCAUGAAAGUUCGCGAUAAUCCCCAACUAUCACGGCGAGGAACCCCACCAUCGACACUCCCACUGUACCGUGAUGACUCCGAUUCCGCAGAAUCUUCCUUCACGGAAGAGGGGGCAUUACUUGACAAGGAGGCAGCGGGCGAUGGGAAGGAUUGUCCUAUGGAGGUAUUUUCCGCAAUGAAGGCGUUAAGGCUGCAGCUUCAAAUUGAAUUGGGUUUAGCUGGACCAGAGGAGGUUCUGGACGACCAGACGCUGCAGUACCUCAGUGUUGCCCGUCCUCUAGAUUUUCGCGAGUUCAAGCGGAUCGUCAAGGAAUGUUCUUCCCUUUCAAUGCCCGAAAAGCAGGACAAGUACGCCGAGGAAAAAUGGAAUCGGUUUGGUCAACGCUUUUUGAACGUUUGCAUAGUCGCUCGGCCCCCUAGUCAUGCAAGUGAGUGAUGGAAUAACCGGUGUCUUAUGGAUAUAAGUAGAGAAAAGAGAAAAGAGGAGCAUUAGGACAUCUCGAAAUUGAAGUUUGAGCGGUGACGUCCUUCUUUUCGAGUUUUGUUUUGUAUGAGUACAUGAAUGCAGAGAGCCGGGUCUGGGUAUCGUCCACCUACUAAGUAGUCCAGAACGCUUUUGAAU